AUGGCCAUGGAAGUUGCUAUGGAGCUUGAGCUUGAUGAUGAUGUCUUCUUUGCAGACAUAAGCAAGCAACUCAAUCUCCUAAUCACAGAUGAAGAUGAACAAAACCCUAUUUCACUUUCCUCUUCUGUCUCUUUCCAGGGUUUGUUCAGAGAAAGCUACCAAACAUCAGCAACACCAUACAUGAUGUAUCAAGAGCAGAUUAAUUACAACCAAAUUAGAGAGAGCAAAGGGACAGGAGUGUUUAUCCCAAGAUGUUCUCAGCCAAGAAGGAGACCUAAUCAUCAUCAUUCUAAUCAGAAGAAGCAAGGAAGAUUAGGUUCCUUUAUCCCCAAGCAACAGUUUCCUAAUCAUGUUCAUGAUAACAUUAAUAACUCCACAACUCUCAACAACCACCACCAAGAAAGCAUCAACCUUCAUCAUCAUGCUUCUAUUAACCCAAGAAGAACCUAUAGAGAUGCAGCAUCUCUCUUCACUUAG